CCUUCUGUCUUCGAAACCUCUUGAUGAUGAGGCUAGCAAAUUAGCAGCUCGGAUAACAAUGGAAGCCUUGAAGGUUUGGUCAUCGCGGCCUCGAAGGCACUGCUUUGGUUUAGCUUCCUCUUCUCCUCCUCCGACUUCCGAAUCAUACCUCCCUGUCACUUUCAUCCGCUGCUGUUCUUCCUCCUCCACCUCCGCCGCCGCAGCGCCGAAACAAGGCGGCAGGGAUAUAAGAUCAUCCGCACUUUCAACUUCGACUUCAACCUCAGACAUAAACGCUAUUCAUCCAAUCCGUCUAAAAAAGGUGGAAGAGUUAAGAAGCAAAGGAUUUGAACCCUACGCUUACAGUCCUCCACCGGAGCACCACCACCCACUUCCACCGUCCUCUAAAACCUCCCUAAUCUCCCUCCCUCUCCCGCCCAAACCCGCUCCUCCACCGCCUAUCUCCGCCACAAACCCAACCACGGACCUUCAAGAAAAACUCUUCUACCUCGAUUCCGUCGGAAUUGACCUAAUCCCACUCCUCACCACCCACCCUCCCCUCAUCACCACCUCCCUUUCCCACAUCAAAUCCACCAUCACCUUCCUCUCCACCACCAUCCCCCUCCCUCCACCCGCCCUCAACCGCCUCGUCUCCCUCUGCCCUGAAAUCCUCACACUCCCACUCUCCUCCAUCAUCUCCACCAUCACCUUCCUCCUCCGGGAAGCCCACGUCCGGAGCCACCACCUCCGGCGAGUCAUCCACCGUCGCCCACGCCUCCUGACCUCCGACGUCAAAACCCGCCUCCGCCCCACCCUCUACUUCCUCCAGGGCACAAUCGGAAUUUCAGAAAUCAACAAACACACCCACCUCCUAUCAUGCUCAGUCGAAGACAAACUCCUUCCACGUAUCGAAUACUUCAAUGAAAACAUCGGAAUCCCGUAUUCCGACACCAUGUUGAUUUUCCGGCGAUUCCCUUCGUUGUUUUGCUACAGCAUAAAAGAAAACCUUGAACCGAAGUUCAAUUACUUUGUGGUGGAAAUGGGGCGGGAUUCCAGGGAAUUGGUGGAAUUCCCGCAGUAUUUUUCGUUUAGUUUAGAGAACCGGAUUAAACCGAGACACAGGCGGUGCUCGGAGAAAGGUGUCUGUCUGCCAUUGCCGGCCAUGUUGAGGUCCAGUGAGAAGCGGUUUCUUGAGAGGUUGGAGGUGUGUUGUGAUUCCUCUAUGCCAAUGAGGAAUUCCCCCUUUUGGUAUUACACUCAUGGUGAUGAUUGAUGAUGAUGAUGAUAGUGUUAUGAAUGUGUUGUUACAUGAUUGGUAUGCAUCAUUUUGUGUAUAUAUUAUUAAGAUUCCGACAACAAGAAUUGUAAUAUUAAUGGGAUUUGUUCAA